AUGGCGCUCGUCCACGAUCUUGCCGAGGCCUACGUUGGUGACAUUACCCCUCUGGAGGGUGUCCCGUCGCACGUCAAGUUUGAACUCGAGGAGCAGGCGAUGAAGUCGUUCCUGAACGAGAUGCUCAGCGGCGACGGCAACGCCCAGGCUCGCGACCGCUUCCGUUCCCUCUGGUACGAGUACGAGGCCCGUGAGACCCCCGAGGCGAAGCUCGUCAAGGACCUCGACAGGCUCGAGCUCAUUGUCCAGGCCGUCGAGUAUGAAAAGUCGCAGGACAUUCGUACCCUCAAGACUUUCUACACCGGCUCGAUCCCCCACCUGGAGCACCCCGCGAUCCGCAAGAUGGCAGAGUCGGUCAUUGCUGAGCGCGAGGCGUUGUGGGAGGCGCGUGGCGCCGACGACAUGAAGGUCGAGCUCGAGGGUACGGCUGUUGGUUCUGCUGUCGAUGCUCGCAAGCAGACCGCCGCCAACGGAGACGCGUAG